AUGGAGUAUCACGUGGAGUAUUCUAAUGACAAAUACGUUAAACCCGAAAAAGAACUUUUUGUGGAAAAAACAGAGGAGAGCAGCAGUUCUAAAAAGAAAAAGAAUUUACUGAUCAUCUUUUCCAUAUCAGCAAUAUGCAUAUUUGCUUGUUCCGUAAUAUAUAUCAGCAAAUUAGGACCAAAUAGCGAAAUUUUUAAUAAUUCAUCUACGGAAAUUGUGAAUGAUGACUUUGUAAUUAAUUCUUUAUUAAAGAGCAAAAGUGGGAAGAAAUUAAUUGUAUCAAAAAUUGAGGAACUAAUAUCGGCAUAUGACAAAAAUGAGGAAAACUUAGAAAAGGGUAAUGAGAAGACUAACAUGAUAAUUGCAUUGGAUAGUAGCAACAGUAAUAGUAGUAGUAGUAAUAAUUAUAAUGAAAAUAACAAUGAUAAUUCAAGUAGUUAUAAGAAAAGGUUUGGAAAUUUAAAAGUAGUAAACAAACAAAGUAUAGUAAAUUUUUUUGAUACAAAAUUUUUAAUGAAUAAUUUAGAAACAGCGAGCGCUUUUUAUACGUUUAUAAAAGAGCAUCAUAGAAAAUAUAAAAAUGUGGAUGAGAUGCAAGAGAAAUUUCUUAUUUUUUCGGAAAAUUUUAAGAAAAUAAAUUUACAUAACAAAUCGAAUAAUUUAUAUAAAAAAAAAAUUAACAGAUUUGCAGAUUUAACUUUUGAAGAAGUGAAAAAUAAAUUGUUAACUUUAAAAAAGUUCGAUGCAAGUGAUAGUAAUAAUAGUAAUGGGUAUAAACGAGCACACUUAAGUAAUUACGAAGAUGUACUGAACAAAUAUAAGCCAAAAGAUGCUGUGUUGGACUAUGUACGUUAUGACUGGAGGUUACAUAAAGGUGUUACCCCUGUUAAGGAUCAAGGAAAUUGUGGUUCAUGUUGGGCUUUUAGUGUUGUAGGUGUUAUAGAAUCUCAGUAUGCCAUCAGGAAAAAUGAGAUGAUUUUUGUUAGUGAGCAAGAAUUAGUUGAUUGUUCAUUACAUAAUUUUGGAUGUGAUGGUGGAUUCACCUCCUUAGCUUUUGAGGAUAUAAUAGAUAUAGGAGGAUUAUGUACAGAAGAUGAAUAUCCCUAUGUUGCUAAUAUGCCGGAAAUGUGUCAAGUAGAUUCAUGUCAAAAGAAAUAUACCAUUAAUAGUUAUGUAGAAGUACCUGAAGAUAAAUAUAAAGAGGCUAUUCAGUUUGUAGGACCUAUUACUAUAUCUGUAGCAGCCAGUGAAGAUUUUAUAUAUUAUGACGAAGGUAUAUUUGAUGGAGAAUGCGCGGGAGAACUAAACCAUGCUGUAUCGAUUGUUGGUUAUGGUGUGGAAGAAAAGUACAAUUCAGUUACCAAAAAGAAUGAUAAACAUUAUUACUAUAUUAUUAAAAACUCGUGGGGAAAAUACUGGGGAGAAAACGGAUAUAUGAGAAUUAAAACAGACGAGUUUGGACUCAAAAAAACUUGCUCGUUAGAUGAAGCGUAUAUUCCUUUAGUUGAGUAG